AUGUCGGGAGCUGCUUCCACCAACCCUGCUCUAAGCUUCAGCCCGGCCGGUCCUUCGAGCUUCCAAUCUCCUGACCCAUCCUCGAGCUCGGCGGGCUAUACAACCACUUCUGUCGGCGGCUUCCCUGCUAGCUUCGGUCGAGUCAAGCCCGAGACUUCGACAUACGGCUACGACGAACAAGCGCCGCGUUCUCAACAGCACGGCAACUACACGCACGACCUCGGCGGCGCCGGCACUUUGGCUCAGACCCAGGCUCUUGGCGGAUUUCACCCAACCACGUCGCAGCACUAUGCUGGACAGGGCCACUUUGGAGCACACGUACGACACCAAUCGCUCAACUCGGGCGUAAGUCAGCUUGCGCUUGGCGGUUCCAGCGAUGCCUACUCGUUUGGCGACGUCAACGCGAACCAAUACAACAACUACAACUUGGUCCCAGCUCAGAGGUCACCUUCUGGGCGUUCGUCGGGCCUUGUUUCCGAAACCUCGCCAACGCGAAGCCGCUUCGCUUCUGCCGGCUACAAUGACCCUCGCACCAUUGUCAAUCGACCACCGCCUCGGCCCGUCGGUCUGGGCGUCUCUUUGGCAUCCGGAAGCAGCGAUGAGUCGGCCCCCAAGAUCGAGAGUGGUUCACCCAGAUCGCUGAAGCGUUCGGCUGACCCGAUGGAGGAGCUCCGGGGCUCUUCCGACCACUCGCAGCUACGACGUCCCGCGUCGUUCCCUGUUCUGGGCACCGGCGCUGCCAACGUGUACGGUCGCCCGAUGGGUCAAGAUGCCCGAAGUGCACAGAGCGUUGGACGCCGCACUGGUCGCGGUGGAAUGGGCGUACCUGGUCAGCUGACGCCGGGUCGCUCAAACGUCGUGCUCCCUGGGCUCGGCGCUGGCUUCUACGAUGCCGAUGACCGUCGCGAGUCGCUCAACUCCAACACGACUCUGCAAUCACCGCUCAGCGGUCACAACGGAUCUGGGUCGUCCGACGAGCUGGGUUUGGGCGGUGGGCUCCCGCAGCUCAUGCGCGCCACGCAGAUUCAAGGAUCGAUCACACCGGCGCCCAUGGUAGUACCGAACGAUCCCAUGUACAGCCCACCCGGCGGCAGCGGCGGAGGUGCUCCGCGCGCCAAGCUCGAGCUGCACGGCAACCUCACCGAGAUGGCAGUGGGCUGGUCGCACGACGAAUGGCGCAGCGGCCGUCGACUGGUACAGUUCUGGAGGCGUCAGGAAGGCACGACGAUCCAUGCCACCUUCCGACCCAUCCUGCCUUCGCAGUACGUGCCCAACAGCAUCGUCAUCUCGUGCAUCUUCCGCGAGGACAAGAACGAGUGCUUUGUCACUUCGGUAGACACCAUCUACCUGCUCGAAGCGCUGGUCGCCAGCCGCUUCACGGUAGAGGAGAAGAACCGCAUCCGACGAAACCUGGAGGGUUUCCGUCCGAUCACGGUCAGCAAGAACAAGCGCGAAUGCGAACGUUUCUUCAAGCUGAUCAUGGGCUUCCCGAACCCGAAGCCACGCAACAUCGAAAAGGAUGUCAAGGUGUUCCCAUGGAAGGUGCUCGCCUCUGCGCUGUGCAAGAUCAUCGGCAAGUACAGCGCCUCGUACGACGGCGCUCCGCCGGUGCUCGCCGAUCUUGGGCCCGAUACUCAGUUUGGAGGCGCGAUGGGCGCAGGCCCCAUGUCGUCGGUGGACCUUUCGGGCGGUCACUACCGCGAUGCGAGCUAUCCAGGAGCUUCUCCGUCUGUCAAGGACACGCGUCUUCCCGACUCAUCGUCGUUCGACUAUGAUCGUUCCGCCAGCGCUGCAGGCAUGUACGGCGUACCGAACACCUAUGGUGGAAACGCGUGGAAUAUGGGCGGCCAGGGGAUGGCUUUCAGUGCUCCAGGUGGCACGGGCGGCUACACUGGCCCUACGGGCAACGUUGGGUUUGGCAGCGGGGGUGGCGGUGGAUCGCACAGUCACACGCACAGCGCGAGCAGCUACGAUGGCUUUGGCGCUGCAGGAAGCUUGGCAGCUGGUUCGGGCGGUGUCAAUCUGUACGGAGGACAGCAGACGGACGGCUAUGGAGCGACUGCAGCACCUCCAGCCCACAGUCAAGGACAAGGCACCAGCACGCUGGCUGCUGCAGCUGGCGACUACUACUCCUCCGAACGUCGGUGA